AUGACUGCAAUCCCUGAAGGAACCCUUAGCAAUGGCGUCAAAAUCCCCUUUCUAGCUUUUGGAGUCGGUACCGUUUGGUCUAAAUGGCGCCUUCGCACUCGUGGUGUUGCCAUUCCAGAAACUGGAAUUUACCAGCCCGCUGUAGACGUUGUUUUGGCCGCCCUAAGAGCUGGCCACAGACAUAUUGAUACUGCCGAGUUUUACGAAACUGAGGAGGAAGUCGGGUUGGCUAUUGAACAGUUUCUCAAAGAAACCCCCUCGCUUUCUCGCAAAGAUAUUUUUAUCACUACCAAAGUUUGGAAAUACGCAGCAGACCCUGACGCUGCUAUAGCAGAAUCCCUUCGCAAACUCCGUGUCGAUUACAUUGACCUCUACUUGAUCCACUCUCCCGACCUUCCAAAAUUCAACGCCAAAAUCGAAGUUGUCUGGCCUAAACUUGAAGAAUUUUACAAGCAGGGCAAGGCUAGAGCAAUCGGUGUAUCAAACUUUUCUGUUAAAGAUCUUGAGUACCUGAGAACUUUUGCCAAAGUCACUCCGCACGCAAACCAAAUCGAGUACUCGCCCUAUCAGCAAGACCCUACUCCAGGUCUUGUUGAGUAUCUUCAUAAAAACAAUAUCCUUAUUGAAGCUUACGGACCACUUGGUGCAAUCACUGUUGAAAAUUACGAAACCGCUCCUCUCACUCCUGUUCUUGAACGCUUGACUAAAAAGUACAACAAAUCCCCGGCCCAAAUUUCUCUCAGAUGGGUCUACCAAACAAAUGUUCUUCCAGUUACCACUUCCUCCAAAACUGACCGCCUCAAAGAGUCCCUAGACAUCUUCUCCUUCUCUCUUUCAGAUGAUGAAGUCUCUGAAAUCACUACUGUCAGUAAAGCUUACCAAUAUCACAGAUAUCCAUCGUCCGUCACAAAGCCUUAA